AAGGAGUAAAUAAUAGACACAAAGAAACAACAAAUAUAAACUAUAUAUUUCACAUUGACGAUGACGUAGAAUUUGAUUGUGUUAUCGGAGGCGUAAAAACCAAAGUACUGGUAGAUUCCGGCUGUAAACAAAAUUUACUUACAGAUGACACCUGGGAAUUCAUGAAAAGAAAUGGAGUUGUCAUUACAAAUCAAAAUGCAAACCCUGAUAUCAAGUUCAUGGGUUAUGGGAGCAACGCACCUUUAAAGAUAAAGGGUUCGUUUGAAGCAAAUCUGGAGGUUGGAGGUAAAUUUGAAAACUCAACGUUUUAUGUCAUUGCUGGGGGCACGAGAAACCUUUUAGGAAAGACAACAGCUAUGUCCCUAGGAAUCCUUAAAAUUGGCCUUAAUCUUGUGAACCAUAUUGAAUCAGAGAUAUUCCCAAAAUUCAAACAUGUCAUGGUUGACUUACCGAUUGACGAAUCGGUGCCACCAGUGGCACAACCCUACAGGCGGAUCCCUAUACCUCUAGAGGAAAAGGUGGAAGGGAAGAUAGAUGAACUACUAAAAAGAGAUAUAAUAGAAGAAGUUAAAAGCCCUUCGAAAUGGGUCUCACCAAUCGUGCCCAUUUUGAAAGACAAUGGUGAAGUGCGUCUUUGUGUGGAUAUGAGGCGGGCUAAUGAAGCAAUUUCACGUGAAAAUCAUCCGAUUCCUACAAUGGACAAAUUUCUACCAAAAAUGCGAAAUGCAAAAUAUUUCACAAAACUAGACAUCAAAGACGCAUUCCACCAAAUUGAAAUACAUCCUGACUCAAGGCAUGUGACGACGUUUAUUACUAGCAAGGGUCUUUUUAGGUACAAACGCUUAAUGUUUGGCAUUUCAUGUGCCCCUGAAAUCUUCCAAAAAACGUUAGAACGCAUGUUAUUAGGCUGUGAUGGGGUAGUGAACUUCAUUGAUGACAUUCUGGUAUAUGGCAAAGACCUACAAGAGCAUGAUAUGAGACUAAGGAAAGUAUUGGCUACCUUAGAAGAAAAUAACGUAGUGCUCAGGAAAGACAAAUGUUUGUUUAGAGAGAAUAAAGUAUGUUUCUUGGGGCAUGAACUUUCAGGACAAGGAAUUAGACCAUUAGAAAAAUACGUUGCUACAGUACAGGAGUUCAGAAAUCCAGAGACCAUUGGUGAGCUACAGAGUUUUUUGGGUCUGGUAAAUUACUUAAGCAAAUGGAUUCCUGAUUAUGCAACUCUGACAGAACCUUUAAAAGAGCUUUUAAGACAAAAGAAAGUGGACACUUCUAACAUUCAGAGAUCAUGGGGGCCUAAUCAGGAAAAGGCAUUUAAAUCCCUAAAAUUAGCUCUGAACAAAGUUCCUUCAUUGGGGUAUUAUAAUGUAAAGGAUCGAACAAUCGUAAUUGCGGAUGCUAGUCCAGUGGGAUUAGGAGGAGUUCUGAUCCAAGAAGAUUGUAAUGGAUCCAGAGUUAUAGCUUACGGGCAUAAAACUUUAACGGAAUGUGAGCGUAAAUAUUGUCAAACGGAAAAAGAGGCUUUGGCACUAGUAUGGGCAGUGGAGCACUUUCACAUAUUUUUAUACGGCAAAAAAUUCGAAUUGGUAACAGACCACAAGCCUUUAGAAAUUAUAUUUGGCCCAAAAUCAAAACCAUGUGCGAGAAUAGAAAGGUGGAUGUUACGCUUACAGUCGUACAAAUUUCAAGUGAUUUACCGACCCGGUAAAAGCAAUAUUGCUGACCCAUUCUCAAGAUUGUGUAAGACACCCACAGUUUUACCUAUUACCGAAGAUUUCAUAUACCAGAUUGUAGAGGUCACUCGACCUGUGGCAGUAUCUAUGACAGAAAUAAAAAAGUAUUCGUCAGAAGAUAAAAAAAUUACUAAAGUCAAGGAAGGCUUAUAUAGCAACAAUUGGGACGAAAGUGUAAAAUUAUACAAAAUUUUCCAAAAUGAACUUUGUUUUUAUGAAGGCAUAUUACUACGGGGGACAAGGAUUGUGAUUCCUGAGAAAUUGCGUCAUCGAGUCCUUAGUGCAGCUCAUGAGGGACAUCCGGGUAUAGUCUCGAUGAAGGCAAGGCUCAGAACAAAAGUGUGGUGGCCAAAGUGUGAUAAACAAGCUGAGACAUUCGUAAAAUCUUGUCAUGGCUGUACGCUGGUUUCAGCACCAAAUCCACCCAAUCCGUUGAAACGCAGAGAUCUACCUAAUGAACCCUGGAUUGAUAUUGCCAUUGAUUUAAUGGGUCCUCUCCCAAGUGGCGAUUAUCUCUUUGUAGUGGUUGAUUAUUUUAGCAGAUAUAAGGAAGUCAAAAUAUGUCGCAAGAUCACAAGUUCGGAGAUAAUUACAAUACUUAAAGAGAUAUUUAGUCGCAUUGGGUCUCCAGCAACAAUUACUGCUGAUAACGGUAAACAGUUUACUAGUGAGGAGUUUAAGUCUUUUUGUACCGAGCGGAAUAUUACUCUUUAUAAUACUGUACCGUAUUGGCCACAACAAAACGGCGAAGUAGAACGCCAGAAUCGGGAUAUAUUAAAGAGAUUGAAGAUAAGUCAGGCGGAAAAGAAAGAUUGGAAAGAAAGUUUAUUGGAAUAUAUGAUAAUGUACAAUAGUACACCACAUUCAGUGACUGGGAAAACUCCAUCAGAACUAUUUUUUAAAAGAAAAUUUCGAGACAAAAUUCCUAUGGUUAGUGAUAUGGAGCAAAACGAAGGAAAUUCAGAAUUGAAAGAUCGAGAUCAAGAAAAAAAAGAAAAGGGGAGAAUGUAUACUGACAGGAAGAGAAAGGCCACAGAUUGUGAUUUAGAACCCGGAGAUAAAGUCUACAUUAAGAAUAUAAAUAAAAACAAUAAGUUAAGUUUAAACUACGACACAACUACACACACGGUAGAAAAGAGAAAUGGUGGCGAUGUAGAAGUCUGUAAUGAUGAAACUGGUCAAGUCUAUAGAAGAAAUGUAGUACAUUUGAAAAGAGUGGAAGGACAAUGGAAAGUCUAUAAUAAGGACGAAGAAGAAAAUAUGAAUGGUGAUUCGAGUGAGGAAAGAGAUAAUAAUUAAGUGCUGAUUGUUACAAAAUUAUUGAAUAUAGUCUGAUUACCUAGAGUCUUAUGUUUUCCUAAAUUGAAGCUUCUGUUAAUAAAUGUGGGAUCAAUUAAAACAAGAAAGGGAUGUAGUGUAUUGACUAUUUGUCUCGUGCGCAUACGUCACGAGUAACUAGGAGGGGCGGUCAGUCGAUGUCAGACCGCUGCGCAGACUAGUUGUGUGGUGGUGCGCUGUCGAGCCAAUCUUCUAUUUAUAUUUACGAACGUGUGCAUCGUGGGUGGCAUUCGCGAC